AUGGGAGUGCCUUCACUGUUCAGAUGGAUAGCAAAGAGGUAUCCAAAAUCAAUUAAUAAAGUAGCGAACCAAGGCGUAGAUAACUUGUACUUGGACUUAAAUGGGAUAAUCCAUCCAUGCUGUCACCCCAGGGGUAAGGAUGCCCCAGGAAGUGAGAAGGAAAUGUUCCAGGAAAUAUUCAGAAUGGUAGACCAUUUGGUGGCUAUUGUAAGGCCUAAACAACUGAUGUACAUAGCUGUAGAUGGGGUAGCGCCCAGGGCAAAGAUGAACCAGCAAAGGGAAAGACGGUUUAGACCUAAAGAUCCAACAGAUGGUCAUGUGGAGGGUGGUUUUGACCCGAAUACAAUUACGCCUGGUACUCCAUUUAUGUACAGAUUGCACACUGCAAUUACCAGAUACAUUGAACAAAGGCAAUCUGCUGGGGUUAAUGGAUGGAAGCAAUUGGCUGUCAUAUACAGUGGAUGUGAUGUCCCUGGGGAAGGAGAACAUAAAAUAUACGACUUUGUAAGGAGUAUUAAGGGAUCUGGGGUUAGACAUGUUAUAUGCGGACUCGAUGCAGACCUGAUAUUCUUGAGUCUGGCUACGCAUGAGCAGUCAUUCCGGGUACUACGUGAAGAUGUUUUUUUCUUGGAGAGGGAAGAAAGAUCUAGCUGUCAAUUAUGUAAGAAGGAUGGGCACAGUACGGGAAAUUGUAAUCCUAAUGCAUUCCCGCCUUAUAUCUACUUGGAUAUUGAUAUAAUCAGGAGAUAUUUAUAUACGGAUUUCUCAACUGCAAUUAAUGCUAGGUUUGACUUUGAGAGGAUCCUGGAUGACUGGAUAUUUGUGUGCUUCUUUGUUGGGAAUGAUUUCUUGCCUUCAAUUCCCUCCAUGGACAUAAAAGUGGCUGCAAUUGAGACAAUCACAGGAUCUUACCUGACAAACCUUAUAACUAGACGGGCUUAUUUAACACAAGACAGGAAGAUUAACAUGGAAGAACUAGCAGUUCUCAUGAAAACACUAGGGGAACAAGAAGAUGCCCUUCUUAGAUCAAAACUCUCUUGCUACGUUAAGGCAGCAAAGAGAAGAGGUGAAACCCCAAGAGAUGAAGACCUAAGGAUUAAACUGUUUGAAGAGAAGGGAAGAAAUGAAUAUUACCAGAUGAAAAUGCAUGCUAGCACACCUGAAGAAAUAACAAAUUCAUGCAUAGAAUAUAUAAAGGGUCUUUCAUGGAUAUUAGAAUACUACUACAACGGAUGUCCUUCUUGGGAGUGGUACUAUCCCAUGCACUUUGCACCCUUAGCCAGAGAUAUAGCAGAAACCCUUCUGAGUCACCCGAAUAUUUCAUUCGAAUUUGAAGUAGGGAAGGCAAGGAAGCCAUUAGAACAAGUUAUGGCUGUCCUGCCUCAAUCUUCAUCCAGUUCCAUUCCAGAAGGAUUAUAUCCUAUCUUUAAAGAUAUGCCUGAGAAUUAUCCAGAGACAAUUAAGAUAGAUAUGUUUGGGAAGACACAAGCAUGGCAGGGUGUACCCCUUAUACCCUUCUUGGACUGUGAUAAAAUGGUUACUUUAGUCAGGGAAUACAGUGCAGAUUUACCUUUGGAGGAUAUUUACAGAAAUGUUGAAGGACAAGAUCUUCUAUUCUUGCCAACAGAAAAUAAGAAUUAUACCCUUGGGGAGAGCGUAUACACGAACUUCUCCAAGUCUGCAGGCAUAAAAAUCAUGGGGAAAUUUUAUGCUGGCCGGGCAACCAUUCACUCUGCUGCUAGUAUGCCUGGGGAGACUAGGUACCUCAUGGAAGAAGGAAAGAAUUAUACGGUUAGAUCAAUUUCCGUUGUAUUUGUGCCUGUAAAGAAGCAGAUAUACUGA